AUGAAGCUUUUUGUAGUUUUCAAAUCCUUGCGUAGCUAUCCCACUCUUCGUAUGGUUACUGCCCCUCUACAGUCUCGUGCAUUUCAGCCUAAUUUCAUUCCCAGAGAUUCCAAAUCAAAGCCUAUAAGACACAAGUAUCCUGUUUUCUAUGAUCCUUAUGGCCCUAGACCCCCUCCUUCAGAUAAGAUCAUUCGGCUUACAGAACAGAUUGCAGCUAGGGAUGCCCUGUCUCCUGAAGAGCGUAAUUUGAUUGGUCCCACGCUUAGAGACAAACUAAGGCAUCCUAAGAUUCAACUAGUUUUAGUGGAGGGCAUGGACUUGGGUCCUCAGGGAGGGUCUGGUGUUGGGUCUUCAAAGGCUGAGGAGAAGAAAGUUAAAAAAGCUGCAUUUGAUGUCAAGUUAGAAAAGUUUGAUGCUGCUGCAAAAAUUAAGGUGAUCAAAGAGGUUCGUGCUUUCACAAAUUUAGGGCUGAAGGAAGCCAAAGAUUUAGUUGAGAAAGUACCAGUUUUAAUUAAGCAAGGUAUCACUAAAGAAUAG